UGAAAGAGAAUCAUCAUAGAAUGGGAUGGAUCAGUUACUUGCCAAGUUGUUGGACUAGUCGUCGUUGUUUACAUUCUGCUAUUCAACAGUCCUUUAAAAAGUCAUAUGGGUUGAGUUGCCCUCGAGUGGUUUAUAUGGAUAUGCAGACGCAAUCGUCUUCUUUCGAUAGAGAGAGUGGAGAAGAGUGGAAAAGAGCUAUGGAGAAAGCACAGUUACUUGCGCAAUAUAGUCAACAACUUCAACAGCAACUUUCUAUAAUAAGAGUGGAAAGUAAAUCUGUUGAUGGAUGGGUGGAGGCACGAUAUUCAGGAAAUCAGGUACCUUGUAGUGUACAAGUGGAUGAGAAGUUGCUUUCAUCAGGAGAUAUUCAAGCGAUAUCCAAUUCUAUUACGGAAGCAAUAGUGGGAGCUUAUGAAGCAAGUUUAUCCUAUUCACAGAAUGAGAUGGCUGUUGUAGCUAAGAGUAUGGAAAGAAAUAGAAGUUGACUUUGAGUUUGAAUACAAGUGCGUUAGGUUUAGGGUU